AUGGCGUCGGCCACCCGCCUCAUCCAGAAGAUCCGCAACUUUGCGGCCGGGGUAAGAACCGAACCGGGCUGGGAACCGGCAGGCAGACUCUAACGCAGUGUUCCCCAACCUUGGGUCCCCAGAUGUUAUUGGACUACAACUCCCAUCAUCCCUGACCACUGGUCUUGCUAGCGAGGGAUGAUGGGAAUUGUAGUCCAAAAACAGCUGGCGACCCAAGGUUGGGGAACACUGCCUAACGCAGGCAUAGGCAAACUCCAGCCCUCCAGAUGUUUGGGACUACAAUUCCCAUCAUCCCUGACCACUGGUCCUGAUAGCUAGGGAUCAUGGGAGUUGUAGUCCCAGAAACAUCUGGAGGGCCAGGUUUGCCUAUGCCUGCUCUAGAUCAGCCUUUCUCAACCUGUGGAUCCCCAGAUGUUGUUGAGCUACAACUCCCAUCACCCUUAGCUAAGCAAGGCCAGAGCUCAGGGAUGAUGGGAGUUGUAGUCCAAUAACAUCUGGGGACCCGCAAGUUGACAACUGCUGCUCUAAGGCAGUGUUUCCCAAGCUUGGGUCUCCAGCUGCUUUUGGACUACAGUUCCCAUCAUCUCUAACCACUGGUCUUGCUAGCUAGGGAUGAUGGGAGUUGUAGUCCAAAACACAGCUGGACAGCCAAGUUUGGGAAACCCUGCUCUAAGGAUCCCUGUGGCAACGGUAGUGGGAAAUUAUGCCUGGUGGAUUUAGAAUCAUAGAAUCAUAGAGUUGGAAGAGACCACAAGGGCCAUCGAGUCCAACCCCCUGCCAAGCAGGAAACACCAUCAGAGCACUCCUGACAUAUGGUUGUCAAGCCUCUGCUUAAAGACCUCCAAAGAAGGAGACUCCACCACACUCCUUGGCAGCAAAUUCCACUGUCCAACAGCUCUUACUGUCAGGAAGCUCUUCCUAAUGUUUAGGUGGAAUCUUCUUUCUUGUAGUUUGGAUCCAUUGCUCCGUGUCCGCUUCUCUGGAGCAGCAGAAAACAACCUUUCUCCCUCCUCUAUGUGACAUCCUUUUAUCUAUUUGAACAUGGCUAUCAUAUCACCCCUUAACCUCCUCUUCUCCAGGCUAAACAUGCCCAGCUCCCUUAGCCGUUCCUCAUAAGGCAUCGUUUCCAGGCCUUUGACCAUUUUGGUUGCCCUCCUCUGGACACGUUCCAGUUUGUCAGUGUCCUUCUUGAACUGUGGUGCCCAGAACUGGACACAGUACUCCAGGUGAGGUCUGACCAGAGCAGAAUACAGUGGCACUAUUACUUCCCUUGAUCUAGAUGCUAUACUCCUAUUGAUGCAGCCCAGAAUUGCAUUGGCUUUUUUAGCUGCCGCGUCACACUGUUGGCUCAUGUCAAGUUUGUGGUCAACCAAGACUCCUAGAUCCUUUUCACAUGUACUGCUCUCAAGCCAGGUGUCCCCAUCUUGUAUUUGUGCCUCUCAUUUUUUUUGCCCAAGUGCAAUACUUUACAUUUCUCCCUGUUAAAAUUCAUCUUGUUUGUUUUGGCCCAGUUCUCUAAUCUGUCCGUUCCCCCCCCCCGCAUGGUUUCCCAUCCGAUAGCCUAGCCCUGUCCCCUUUCUGUACAAGGGAUCAUGGGGGUUGUAGUCCUUCUCCUUGAUUAAAAUGGGGAACCCCCCCCCCAUUUUUUUUUUAAAAGGCAGUUAAAUGGCAAUCCAAUGAAUAUGGCUUCUUCUGCAAAACAAUAGGAUGCCCCACAAAACUAGAAUUCCCAACACCCUUAAAACUACAGUUCCCAGGAGUUGGGGGGGAGAAUCAUGUGCUUUAAAUGGGACUAAGUUUAGUUGUUUUAACUGCAAUUCAAAGCCACAUACUCUAAAUAUGCUUUAGAUGCAUGUUGUGGCUGUGACUUUUCAUUCAUCGCCUUGCUUGCAAUGAAACCUAAAGCAGGCCCAUUGAAAUACGUUUGUUUAUUUAUUUAUUUAUUUAUUCAUUCAUUCUUUUCAAGUUUAUACAUUUCACUAAUUUUAUAUAUUUCACUAAUUUUACAAUCAUUUUGACAUUUCAAAACUCGACUUCCUUCACCCUCUUUCUGACGUUCCUUAAAUUUGUUUUUAAUAUCUCCUGCAUAUCCAAAUUAAUUUAAUUUGCUCAUUUAUUCAUCUUCUUUAAAUAUAUACUCUUAUAAAACUGCAGGUUAUUACAAUAAUCCUGACAGUGUUUUUAUCUACUGUAUUUAUAAUUCAUCUGUAAAUAUUCAAUAAACCAUUUCCAUUCUUUUAUUUAAAAAACUUGUUAUCUUGAUUUCUUAUACUUGCGGUAAGUUUCUCCAUUUCUGCAUAUUCCGUUAAUUUUUGUAUCCAUUCUUCCUUCGCUGGGAUUUAUGCAUCUUUCCAUUUUUUGGGCAAGUAAUACGAUUUCUGCUCAUUGAAAUGCUAUUACAGUGGUACCUCGGUUUUUGAUCAUCUCAGAAACCGAACGUUUUGGUUUUCGAACGCCAGAUACCCAGAAGUAAUUGCUUCCAUUUUGGAACACUUUUCGGAAGUCAAACGGUCUUCCGGAAUGGAUUAUGUUCGAAAUCUGAGGUACCACUGUAUUAACUUGGUUUCAGAUUGCCAGUUCUUGUUGCAGUUUAGCUUUUAAGAAAACACAGGCUUCCUGCCCUCCAGGUGGCACACUUGACUUGAGACUUGCCCCUCUUUGUCUUUCUCCCUUUUUUUUAACAGCGAGAUCUCCAAGCGAAACUUCAGCUUCGUUACACAGAGAUUGCCAAGAGGUAAGGGGGGUUUGUCAAGUGUGGGAGGGGUUCAUUCGCUGCUUUUCCCUGGAAGGGAACCAAAGCCCUGGGUUCAGAUCUCAGCCACAGGCCUCUCUCCCCCAAUGAAACAAGUUCUGAAUUGCACAUAUGAUUGACUUUCAGGAGAAAGUCAGAGCUGGGACAGCUCAGUCAGCAGAGCAUGAGACUUUCCAUCUCAAAGUCAUGGGUUCGAGCCCUACAGCGGGCAAAAGGUUCUUCCAUUGCAGAGGGCUGGACGGCGAGAUGACCUUUGAGGUCCCCUCCAACCCUACAAUUCUAUGGAAUCCUAAAACGUUUCUGUUUGCCCAGACAUUUGAGGCUGAAAGACACUGUUUCCAAUAACCCUGAGAUAAUGGUUUAAAAAAACACAAAACUAAUAUGUUUUAUUACUGCUGUCGGGGCUCCUUCAUUUGGAAGGGUGGGAUAUAAAUCAAGUAAUGGAGAAGAAAUUUAGAGUAUUGAGUAAAUUUAUUGAUGAACAAUAUUUAUUUUGUACAUUACAGUGGUGCCUCGCAAGACGAAAAGAAUCCGUUCCGCGAGUCUCUUCGUCUUGCGGUUUUUUCGUCUUGCGAAGCAAGCCCAUUGGCGGUUUAGCGGAUUAGCACUAUUAGCGGCUUAGCGGGCUUAGCGGAUCAGCUGAUUAGCGGCUUAGCGGAUCAGCUGUUAAGCGGCUUAGUGGCUAACGGAUCAGCUGAUAAGCGGCUUAGCGGAUCAGCUGAUUAGCGGCUAGCGAUCAGCUGUAGCGGCUUAGCGGAUCAGCUGAUGAGCGACUUAGCGGCUUGGGAAAAGGGGGAAAAAAAGCCCCGCAGGAACUCUCAAGACAUUUUCGUCUUGCGAAGCAAGCCCAUAGGAAAUUCGUUUUGCGAAGCACCUCCAAAACGGAAAACCCUUUCGUCUAGCAGGUUUUCCGUCUUGCGAGGCAUUCGUCUUGCGGGGCACCACUGUAUAUCUCACCUUUCCUGCAAGGAGCUCAAGGUCAUGUAGGUAGUUUUCCUCCUCAUUCUAUCCUCACAGCAACCCUGUGAAGUAGGCCAGCCUGAGAGUGAGUGAACAACCCAAUGAGCUUCCAGGCUGGGUGGGAGGAUUCGCACCCUCCACCUGUGAGUUCCAUUAUUACUGUGAAUAAAGGCUCUAUAUUGUCUUAAAACAAGCCAGACAUUUGCAUAUGCCGAUGGUGCUUGAGUGGUCAUGUGCCUCAAUAUCUGUGUAAGAAAUCAAAUCAUGCCAUAUUACGGGGAGGAAAUGUCAUUUGAGCUCAGCCCUUUAGAUUCCUUUCGAUUUAUAGGAGAUCAGUCCUGUUGUUUGCUAAUGACUUGUCAGAUAAAUGAACCAAACCUGUUAGACUUCCCCCUUCCAUUGUUUGACCUUCUUAAACGUCUUGUUCUUUAGGACUCAGCCACCUCCACGCCUCCCUGUCGGCCCCAGCCAUAAAUUUGCAAACAAUUACUACUGCACCCGCGAUGGACGCCGGGAGACUUUCCCUCCCAUUGUCCUUGUAUCAGCUCAGAAAAGGUUGGCUCCAGGGCAGCAACAUGCCAGGUAGGUUUUGUGUUCCUUUUGGUCUACACCCACUUCAGCCUAGCAAUCUUGGAAACUAAAUGGGGCCAAGCCUGGCUGUUAUUUGAUUCAAGAGCCUACAGAAAACACUCACCUACUGGACUGGCGCAGCCAAGGUAAAAUUGUAGACAGACAGCUGGCACAGCUUCAUCCCAGUGGCUCCUUUAGUUUCAUUUUGAGCUGUCAAUGGAUUAAAACUCUCUGGUCAGCCUGGGAUGUAUCCAGUUUAAUGAAGUAUUUUGGUGGAAAACUCUGCAGACUUCAGUUCCUAUCAUGUGCCUGUCUGGCAAGACAUGAAUUGUUGGUUUUUGACCACGUUUUAAAUUUCCCACAUUCAGUAACAGAGUAAGUAAAGGUAAAGGGACCCCUGACCAUUAGGUCCAGUCGUGACUGACUCUGGGAUUGCAGCGCUCAUCUCGCUUUACUGGCCAAGGGAGCCGGCGUACAGCUUCCGGGUCAUGUGGCCAGCAGGACUAAGCUGCUUCUGGCGAACCAGAGCAGCGCACGGAAACGCCAUUUACCUUCCCGCCGGAGCGGUACCUAUUUAUCUACUUGCACUUUGACGUGCUUUCGAACUGCUAGGUGGGCAGGAGCAGGGACCGAGCAACGGGAGCUCACCCCAUCACGGGGAUUCAAACCGCCGACCUUCUGAUCGGCAAAUCCUAGGCUCUGUGGUUUAACCCACAGCGCCACCCGCAUCCCUAGUAACAGAGUAGAAUCAUUUAAAUUAAUGGGCGUUACUAAUUUUGGGACUCUCCUUCCUUGGAGGUUUUUAAGCAGAGGUUUGGAAUUGUUUACGUGCUAUUCCUGCAUUGCAGGGGGUUGGAUUGGAUGACCUUUGGGGGAUCCUUCCAACUGUACAAUUCUGCGAUUCUACUGUAUGGUUCUAAUACAAAAACAAAACAAAAAACAACCAGUUAAAACUAUACAAUAAAAUGUCAACUAAAAUGCCUGCGGUAAUAAAGAAAAGGUGUGUAGCAAGCACCAGACAUUUAGGAGGGCCUGUCAACUGGAAGGAAGUUUCAUAGUAAACAUUAAGAGUGACUCCUCUGACAACCUGUGACCAGGCAGGGGGUAUAAGGGAUUUGCUCCUUGAGGGAUCUUGGACCCAAAUUAUUCAGAGCCUUUUAAAUUAAUACUAACACCCUGAACCUGUAGGUAUGACAGAGAGAGAAAUGUGUCUUUUUCCACUUCAUGUAUAACUUUGUGAAUCUCUAGUCAUCCUCAUCCCUUUGUUUUCCUGCUCUCUCCCAAACUGGAAAACUCCAAAUGGAAAGAGCUCUAACCUUUAAUAUUUUUCUUCAGAUCUUCACACCAUAUAGUAUGUGCCCUCUGAGGGGACUUGGCUUAAAAGCCUCAGUAUUCCUUUAAUCGAGCAGUGCUAAUAUUUGCUCUGCUUAAAUUGCAUUUUAACCUGUAUUUUAAAUUGUUUUUCCCCCUAUUACAUUUUUAUUGUAAUUUUACUGGUGUUUGCCGCCCUGAGCCUGGCUCUGACCAGGGAGGGUGAGGUAUAAAUAAAAUUUAUUGUUAUUAUUGGGCGGGGUAUAAAUAAAAUUUAUUGUUGUUGUUGUUGUUGUUGUUAAUCUUUCCACCAAAGCUGGAAGCCUUAUUGAGUAAACUUAACAUUCUGUAUUCAAAACUAAUAUGAAAUCAAUUAAAAAGUUUCAGUCUUAUUUUUCAGUUGUUUUUCAGGGGUCCCCCUACAUUCUUGUACCCUUUGAGGAUUUGGAAAUGUAACCAUCUUCUGUUUCUCUUCCCCUCCAGCUCAGAAUCUUCUAUUGCACCAACGGAAAGAAAGCCCGUGAAACCUGGCCCUGCGCCACGGAAAUGGGAACUUUCGAAAGAUGAGCCUUAUUUGUGA